AUGAUUAAGAGAACUGGACUGAAGAGUAUGAAGAAGAAUAGGUGGAAUACAGAGGAGAACGAGAUGAAGAAACUCAAGCUUUCAGUGCAGAAUUGGAGAGCUUGUUGCAGGGUGAUUUGGGCAUCAAUAUGGUGUUUCUCUUGUCAGAGAAGUUUAGAGCAGCAGAAGGACAAAAAGAAAUAUGGAGGGGGAUGUAGUAUCCCAAGAAAGCUUUGA